UUCAGCUUGGGGGCCUUGAAGUAGAAUAUCGGUGGUGUCGUUUCGUGAUUCAGUGUCGUCCUCCGUAAUUGUUUUCUCAUUUAUGCAUCAUUCUAACAAUUAACAUUAAAAUUACAGUUAUUCGUCGUUGUUCCAUAUCAACAUUAAUAAACAGUAUGAGGAUUUGGAGAACAGAACAUACAUUUAAUCACUCAUGGGAGACCGUGACACAGGCAGCCUGGAGAAAAUAUCCUAAUCCAAUAAAUUCUUCCGUUAUUGGAACAGAUGUCAUCGAUAGAAAAGUUAUCGAUGGAAUCUUACAUACGCACAGACUUGUCUCGACUCGUUUUGGAUUUCCCAAAUGGGCUCAGGCAUUGAUCGGUCAUGCGAAGAUCUGUUAUGCCAGCGAGAAAAGCGAGGUCGAUCCUGUUAGUCGAGAGAUGGUCUUAAAAACGAGAAACUUAACCUUUUGCAAUCACAUAGCGGUGGAUGAGACCGUCAGAUAUACGCCCCAUCCAAAUGAUCCUGGGAAAACUUUGUUACAACAGGAGGCCGUAGUAACGGUCAGUGGUGUACCUCUUACACAUUACAUGGAGGAAUUAUUGACGUCGAAAAUUUGUUUUAAUUCUGGCAUGGGUCGCCAAGCGAUGGAGUGGGUCAUCGAGAAAUUACACCUGGAGGAAUUCGACGAUCUUUUAACGCAAACGGUCCGUCAAUUCGACGAUCUAACGUUGAAAACCAGACGGGGAAUGGACGAUCUACAGAGUGCCAUUAAAUCAUUCGACGAGAUUCACAAUCUUACGAGUUCACCGUCAUCCCAAUCGAUGCCAAAAUUUUAGCUAUGGUUUCGCGUUAGCUUCAAUCUAUUCAAUUGAUUUCAAUUAAAUAAAAAUUAGAAUGUUGAUGAGAAUGAUGAUGAUGAUGAUGACGAUGACGAUGAUGAUGAUGAUGAUAAUAAAAUCACGAUGGCAUAAACGAUGUGGAUGAGGAUGUGGAAAAAGUGAAGAGGGGAAGGAGGAGAACGGGAGGGGGUGAGGAGGAAGGGUGGAUCGAAUUUGCGAAAAGAAAAGAAAAGAAAAAAUAAAAUGAAAUCAAAUCAAAUCAAAUCAAAUGAAAUAAAGAAAAUAAACCUGUGCAGCCUUCCCAAAUCACGGCGCAAACUCACAGACGCCUUGAUUAGGGUCGUGUCCUCUCUUUCUGUGUGCCUUCGAUAUUUUUUCGAGGAUCAUCCAUUCCGUGCGAGGAGUACAGACGUGCUUCUCUUUCAGAAAAGAAAAGAAAAUGAUGAGAAAAAGAAAAAAGAAAGAAAGAACGAUAAUAAUAAUAAUAAUAAUAAUAAUAAUAAUAAUAAUAAUAAUAAAAGGAAAAUAAAAAAAGAAUGAAAAAGAAUGAGGAAGGAUGGAAUCUAAAUCUUUAGCAGUGUCAGGUUAUAGUAAUAAACGGGAAAAAAUAAAAAUAAAAAAUAAAAAAUAAAAAAAGGAGAAAACAAGGGAUCGUUUCAACAACACCUUUGUUUCCUUUUUUCUUUUCUUUUCUUUUCUUUUCUUUUCUUUUCUUUUCUUUUCUUUUUUUUUCUCUCCAAACGAAGUCGAUAAUGUAGUCCGCGAUAAUUCGAUAAUUAUUUCGAUGAUUAAGUUUUGUCGAUUAAUUAAAAAAAAAAAAAAAAACAAAACAAAACAAAACAAAAAUAGAAAAAAGAAAAAUGCGAUCUAUCUAUCCAAUCAACCAACCAACCAACCAACCAACCAAUCAAUCAAUCAAUCAAUCAAUCAACCAACCAACCCAUCCAACCAUUCAUCUUAUUUAUAUGAAUUUAAUAUUUCUGAUAUAUCUGUGUAUAUUUCUACGUACGUAUGUAUGUGCGUUUGUGUUCAUGUUUGUUUGUUAAUGUCAAUGUUCAUACAUGCAUAUAGACAUACAAAUGCACAGACAUACAUACAUAUACACACAAUACACUAUAAAUUAAUAUAAUCUGAUAAUGUUUCCGUUAUGUCCAUCGUUUGCCAUCAAGGUACGACCAGCAUGUUGUUUGUAGUAGUAUACCAUAAAGGAUGAAUUAUUUAUGGCAUUUUAUAUCCGGGCUCUCGAUCCACCACCAACCACCCACCCACCCACUCACCACCACCUUUCGUGAGUAGCAAACAUUUGAGUGGAAACAAAUGGUGUCCCCGGUACGAAUGAGAGAAAUGAAACUACGUCAGUCGGCGAAUGUGUGUCGCAUUCUAUCUAUCUAUCUAUCUUUCUCUCCCUAUAUAUAUAUUAUAUAUUUUCUCUCUCUCUUUCUCUCUCUCUCUCUCUCUCUCUCUCUCUCUCUCUCUCUCUUUUUUUGUCUCUCUAGCUUUCGUCUUUCGCAUCGCAUGUUUAAAGAAGAAACAAA